AUGGCGAAGUUAUCACAGAAGAAGAGCCAGAGAAACAACAACGACAACAACAAUGGUGUCACACCAACAACUACUGCUAGUGAUGGUGUUACAAAGGUGAAGAGAACAAGGAGGAGUGUACCAAGAGACUCUCCUCCUCAACGUAGCUCCAUUUAUCGAGGCGUUACAAGACACCGGUGGACGGGCCGGUAUGAAGCUCACUUGUGGGACAAGAACUGCUGGAAUGAAUCACAGAACAAGAAAGGAAGACAAGUCUACCUUGGUGCAUAUGAUGAUGAAGAUGCAGCUGCCCAUGCUUAUGACUUAGCAGCACUUAAGUAUUGGGGUCCAGAAACUAUACUUAAUUUUCCGGUAUGGACUUAUGAAGAAGCAUUGAAAGAAAUGGAGGGUCAAUCCAGAGAAGAAUAUAUUGGAUCAUUGAGAAGGAAAAGUAGUGGGUUUUCUCGAGGUGUUUCAAAAUAUAGAGGUGUUGCAAGACAUCAUCACAAUGGUAGAUGGGAAGCUCGGAUCGGUAGAGUAUUCGGCAACAAAUACCUCUAUCUCGGGACAUACGCAACACAAGAAGAAGCUGCCACCGCAUAUGACAUGGCGGCGAUCGAGUACCGUGGACUAAACGCCGUCACCAAUUUUGACCUUAGUCGGUACAUCAAGUGGCUCAAACCCAAUCAAAACAACACCAACAAUGACAUUCAUACAAAUUCUCAUCCAAGCCCUAAUCCUAACCAUAACCCAGAAGCUCAUUUAACUCCAAACCUGGAACCGAUUGGAUCAACCUUUCUUGGAAGCCAAGAAAUUUAUCCCAACACUUCAUGUGAACCCACAUUGACUCAGUCGCGUCCUGCAUCUGCCACAUCAGCACUAGGGCUCCUUCUUCAGUCAUCAAAGUUUAAGGAAAUGAUUGAGAUGACGUCGGCCACAGACAAUCUGGAGACAACCUUGGACUUGGAGCCACAAAGAUGUAGUUCUCACGAGGAAAUACAAACGUAUUUUGAGUGUUCGGACUUGGGUGGUUAUAUAGAUGAAGAAGAAUUUAUUUUUGGGGAGCUCAACUCGUACGUUCCACCGAUGUUUCAGUGUGAUUUUGAACCUUAA